ACUCGGAAGCUCCCUCCGCGGAUCAACGCGAGAUGGUUCACCUUCAUCAUCUCCUCACGCUCGGCAGCGGCCGCAGCACCACCGCGGCUCCCAAAGGGCUCAUCCUCUCCUCCCAUAUUCCGCUAAACCAUCGAUUCAAACUUCUUGCCUUCUCUCGCCCUCCCUGUUCGGCAAAAUUCCCCAGAAAUAACGAUAUGGUUCUUCUUUCCACCGCUCGGUGUCGGCACAUUUGCAAGAUGAACGGCUCAGAUAUGAUAUCGGAGCUGGAAUUAGGGAGGCCUGAGGAGAAACGGAAACGGGAAAAGCGUGUUAAUGGGAUAUUCUGGAUCCUACUUCUUAACCUUGGGAUUUUUGCAGCAGAUCACUGGCUUCAGAUUCGGGGGAUUAAAGCAUUGUACUUCUACCACAAUCGACCUGAAUGGUACCAGUUUGUGACAUCAACGUUUUGCCAUGCUAAUUGGAACCAUCUUUCUAGCAACCUAUUCUUUUUGUACAUUUUUGGGAAGCUUAUUGAGGAGGAGGAAGGAAACUUUGCAUUAUGGGUUUCUUAUAUUCUAACAGGUGCUGGAGCAAACCUUGUUUCCUGGUUAGUUCUUCCAAGAAAUGCAGUUUCAAUUGGAGCCUCUGGUGCAGUUUUUGGACUCUUUGCUAUUAGUGUCCUUGUCAAGAUAUCCUGGGACUGGAGGAAGAUCCUUGAAGUGCUUAUACUGGGCCAAUUUGUUAUAGAGAAGGUGAUGGAAGCAGCACAAGCUUCAACUGGAAUGUCAGGCAGUUUUAGCGGGGGUUACAUGCAGAGUGUCAACCACAUUGCUCAUCUUUCUGGUGCUCUGGUUGGUGUAGCUUUGGUGUGGCUCCUCAGCAGGGUUCCUUCUCAACCUCCGGAUCAAAAAGUACCACAUUUGAAUGGAAGAACAGACAAAAAAACAUGAUAAAUGGGUCAUAGCUUUGCCAACCAAGGGAGCAUACUAGAUUUUAUUGUACAAACUCUCAGUUUGCUAUAUUUUUUGUUGUUAACGUGCAAGGCUUGAAGGAAUUCUGAAGCUGGUGUGUAGAAAUUACACAAGGAAGAAAUUGAGAAGAAAAACCCUUGUAAAUUACAGUCCAUAUUUGGCAUAUUUGCACGACAUUACUUCUGAUUUGAAGGAUCAGUUGAUUAUAGUACUUGAUGUUAGAAUAGCAA